AUGGCAGCUUCAUUCGUGGGUGGGGCAGCUCUUGGAGCUGUGUUAGGGGAACUCUUGAGAGCGGUUGUGAAGGUCCAGAGAAAGACCCUUAUGUUCAAACGUAUUCUAGAGCGCCUGGAAUCCACUCUAGAAGACAUUAUCCCUACAGUUCAAAAGAUGGAAGAGAUGGACAAAGUACUGGAUCGAAACAAUGGAGAAGUUGGGAAGUUGAUAAAAGUGAUUCAGAGAGGGAAAAAACUUGUUCUUGAGUGUUCUACGAUCAGGUGGUGGUAUGCUUGCUGGAGAAGGCCAAGGUAUGCGGACAAGCUUCUUGGACUGGAGAAGUCACUCAAGGCGUUCUGCCAGAUUGUUCUCCAGGUCGAGCAGUCGAGGGACACAAAAGAGACAUUGUUGGAAGUCAAAGAUAUGCACCAAAAAGUUAAGCGCCUGAUUCUGAAUGGAAAGAGUGGUGGUAUUAUCAACAUGCCUGCUGUUUUGAGUGGCUUUCAUGUCCCUGAGGCAGUUGGCAACCCUGUUGGAUUGGAGGUUCCCUUGGGGGAACUGAAGAUGGAAGUUUUGAAGGAUGAAGCAUCCUUGGUCAUUCUGUCUGCUCCUCCUGGUUGUGGGAAGACUACGUUGGCUAAACUUUUCUGCAAUGAUGAGGAAGUUCAAGACAUAUUCAAGGGGAAUAUCUUCUUCGUCAUUUUGUCAAGGAAACCUACAAUUGAAGGCAUUGUUCAGAGACUGUUUCAGCAUCACGGUUAUAAAGUUCCGGACUUCCGAAGCGAAGAAGAUGCAGUGUUGCACGUGGAAAAAUUCCUGAAGAACAUAGGGCCUGAUCCUAUUUUGUUAGUUCUGGAUGACGUUUGGCCAGAUUCAGCUUCGCUUCUUGACAAUUUUCAGUUUCGGAUUCCUAGUUACAAGAUAUUGGUAACAUCCAGAUCAGUAUUUCCUCGAUAUGGCUCAACUUACAAGCUGAGUCCGUUGAACUAUAGCAAUUCCAGGAUGCUUUUCUGCAACUCAGCAUUCCUUCCGGGCCAAGACUCUGUUAUUCCUGAUGAAGUUGUGAAUCGGAUCGUCAAAGGAUGUAAAGGAUUCCCAUUAGCCCUUAAAGUUGUUGGCAGAUCACUUUGUGGAGAGCCAGUUGAUAUCUGGAAAAAGAGAGAAUCGGAAUUAUCAAAAGGUGGUUCCAUUCUCGAGUACAGUGAUCUGCUCUUCUGUCUUCAAAGAAGUCUAGAUGCAUUAGACAACACUCCCAUUAUCAAGGAAUGUUUCAAAGACUUGGCUUCAUUCCCUGAAGACCAUUUGAUUCCUGCAACUGCCUUGAUUGAUAUGUGGGCUGAACUGUAUAAACUCGAUGACGAUGGCCUCCAAGCUGUUUCCAAUCUCCAUGAACUCUCAUCAAGAAACCUGGCUGAUCUUGUAGUAACAAGGGCCGACUCAAAUGGCUACAAUCAGCACUUUUUGACACAUCAUGAUCUUCUCAGAGAGCUAGCUAUCCACCAGACUAACUUGGAGACCUUUGAACAAAGGGAAAGACUCAUUCUUGAGGUAACUGGAAAUGAUGUUCCUGACUGGUGGGUGGAACAAAAGCAGCUUAGGUUUCACAGCCGUCUCAUGUCUAUCACCACAGAUGAAAGGUUCUCAAGAACCUGGUGCAACAUCCAAGCACCAAAUGUUGAAGUAUUAGUGUUGAAUUUUCGGACGAGAAGCUACACAUUACCCGAGUUCAUAACAGGAAUGGAUAACCUAAAGGCUUUAGUUAUCACGAAUCACGGCAUUCUCCCAGCUGAACUGACAAACUUUCCACUUCUUGGUUCUCUUUCCAACCUGAAGAAGAUCAGGCUAGAGAAAGUCUCAGUUCCAUCAUGUGGGUUCACGUCGACACGGUUCGAGAAGCUUGAGAAGAUAAGUUUGGUCCUUUGCCAUAUUGGCCAGGCUUUGACUUCCUCAUCCAACCUUGUUAUAUCAGAAGCACUUCCAAAUCUGAUGGAGAUCAACAUUGACUACUGCAACGAUCUGGUAGAGUUGCCACCGGAGAUCGGUCAGCUUGCCGAGAUGAAAAGGCUAAGAAUCACUAAUUGCCACAACUUGACUGCACUGCCUAGAGAAAUCGGCGGGCUGGUGAAUUUAGAGGAAUUGAGAAUUAGUUCUUGCAUAGAAAUUUCUGAGCUGCCUGAUUCAAUUGGAAACCUUCACAAACUGAGCAGCCUGGAUAUCUCGGAAUGUGCAGAUAUCAAAAGACUGCCUGAACAGAUUAGGGAGCUGCAGAAUCUACGGAGGAUUCAGAUGAUGGGUUGCUCAAAAGACUUCGAGUUGCCAGAGUCGAUCUUGAAUCUCGAGCAUCUUGAGGAAGUGAAGUGUGAUGAAGAAACUGCAGGUGUAUGGCAACCUUUUGUCGGUUUUCUUGAGAAUUUGACCAUUAAGGUUAAUAAAGAAGACAUAAAUUUGAACUGGCUCAAUGGUGGUCGUUUCUGAUUUUGUCAAGCCAAAAAAAGUUCCCCUCAAAUUGUGUCGCAAAUCCACUUCCCCUUGCCCUUGAGCAACUGAUAUAUUAAUAGAUGAGAGUAGCAAGUUACCCCCAAUCACUAUUCAGUUAGGGGUAAACUGCCGUGCAUGCAUCCACACGGAACAAUUCCGUGGUUGCUUUCGUUGAUGAGUUAUAUUGCUGCCCAAUUACUUCUGGCAAUUGAUGUUCUUGAAGGGCAGCUCCCCAAGUUUAAGGCUCAUAUGCCUAUUGAGUGUGUGUUAAGUGAUAAAGCAAGUUACUUAGAUCCCUGUUCAUUUGAGGCUAUACUAUGGCAUAUGUCUAUUGAUUGUUUCUAAGGAGUUUAUCAGGCGAUGGGCUGCCCAUCGAUUUACCUACGACCUCCUUUAAUCUCCGAGGCAAUGAAAUAUAGAGCAGUGAAUGAACUUAAAAAUGGUUCUGAUUUCCAGGAUGAGCUAUUGCAAUGGAUGCCUAAGAAUCUCUUAUUUCCUUGAAGUUGAGCUUUGAGCUUUUCACAUCCAGAAUCUUUUCUUUUCUUCCCCCUCUGGCCUUUAAUCUGUAACAGUGGGAGUAAUCUCUUGUAGUAUGGACGUGUCAAAUGUCUCCAAGCAUCAGAUUCUACUUGGAAAGAACAUUGCUGUAACAUCACAAGUAAAGAAAGAUUCCCAAAGCUUAGAAAAGAAUCCAGGGAAUUGAGCUAUGGAAGAAUCGCUUCAAAACGCUUUCGUCGGAGCUGUGAUGGGAGAGCUGUUGGGAGCAGUUCUGGAUGCCCAAAGAAAGACAGCAGAGUUCAGAACUACUCUGCAACGCAUCGAAACCACUCUCAGAACCAUAAUCCCUUUGGUUCAGGAGAUCGAGGAGCUGAAUGAGAAGCUGGAGAGGAAGAAGGAAGAGACUGCACCAUUGAUGGAAGAGAUCACCAGAGGCAAAGACCUCGUCGUUAAGUGUUCGAGACUUCGGUGGUACACCUGCUGGAAGAAGCCGGGUUACAAAGACAAAUUGGACAGCCUGGAAGGCUCCCUGCAGAAGUUCUGCAAGAUCAUUCUGAAGCUCCAGCGGGCGCGGGACACUAAGGAAGCCCUGGUAGAAAUGAAGAAUGUUCAACUGAUUCUGGAUGGAAAGUCUAGUGGGAUAGUAACUGGUCUGAAAGGGUAUUUCGUUCCCCAAUCUAUUCCGAAUCCUGUUGGAUUUCAGGUUCCCCUGUGGGAACUGAAGAUGGAGUUUUUCAAGGAUGACACUUCUCUGCUUGUUUUGUCUGCACCUCCUGGCUGUGGGAAGACCACUCUGGCUACUCUUUUCUGCCAUGACAAAGAUGUUCAAGAAAGAUUCAAGGAUAACAUCUUCUUUAUCAGAGUGUCGAAAAAACAAACAAUGGAGAGUGUUGUCCAGAGAAUGUACAUGCUCAAGGGUCAUAGAGAUCCUGUGUUUCAAGGUGAAGAAGAUGCUCACUACCACCUGGAAAAUCUCCUGAAGAGCAUGGACCCGAACCCGAUAUUGUUAGUUAUGGAUGAUGUUUGGCCAGAAACAGUUUAUAUCCUUGACAAGCUAAAGUUUAACAUCCCCGGUUUUAAGGUUUUGGUAACUUCAAGGUCGGUUUAUCCCAAAUACAAAUAUCAGAAACUAAACCCACUGAACGAUAAAGAUUCCCGGACACUAUUCGACAACUCAGCAUUCCUCCCAGACCAACCAAAACCUGACAUUCCAAAGGAUGUCAUCAAUCAGGUACUUUCUUAUAUAGUUUAGUUGAGAUAGGUACAUUACCUUUAUAGUAUCCACGGAAAAUUUUCGAUUUCCUGAAUCAAUCUGUAAUACGAAAUGCAGAUAGUGAAAGAAUGCAAAGGGUUUCCACUAGCCCUUACAGUUGUUGGGAGAUCACUGUGUGGAGAGCCCAUUGAGGUGUGGAGAACGAGAGCCAUGGCGUUAUCCGAAGCUGGACCAGUAAUGGAAGGCGGUGAGCUGUACAGUUGCCUUGAGAAGAGUUUAGAUGCAUUAGACAAGCAGCCCAAGGUGAAGCAAUGCUUCAUGGACUUGGCUCUGUUUCCUGAGGACGAUUUGAUCCCUGCAGCUGCCCUAAUUGACAUGUGGUCUGAACUCUACAAACUCGAUGAAGAUGGCCUACAGGCUGUGGCCAAUCUCUAUCAGCUCUCUGCAAGGAACCUAGCUGAUCUUGUCGUUACAAGGCGAGUAAUUUGCUUGACAACUCGAUUUCAUCGAACGAAAGUGAUUCUUUUCAGAGGAAAGAAAAGAACCCGUGCUUAAAGUUAUCAUCUUUUUUGACAGGACUGAUGCUGAGGGCUACAACCAUCACUUUGUGACACAGCAUGACCUUCUGAGGGAGCUAAUCAUCUACAAAAGCAGCCUAGAGUCCAUGGAACAGAGGGACAGACUAAUAGUUGAGAUAUUCAGGAAUCAAGUUCCUGACUGGUGCACUGAAAGAAAACAGCUUAGCAUUCACUGCCGCAUUCUGUCUAUCUCCACAGGUUUUCUUCCAUCCCCUAACUCUCUAUCUGUCAUCUCACAAUGCCUGCAUUAUGUAGAUUACACGAGCCAUUACGGUGGACGCCAUUGUUUGUUCUGCUUUUUCUGCAGAUGAGAAGUUCUCCAGCAACUCAUGGAGAAUCCAAGCACCAGAACUCCAAGUCAUGGUCCUCAACUUCCGCACAAAAACCUUCACCCUGCCAAAAUUCAUGACAGGACCAAACGAAACCCCUCUCGAAGUCCUCAUACUCAGAAACUAUGGCGUCUCCCCAGCUGACGUCAAGAACUUCCCCCAACUCCUCUCAUCCCUCUCAACCCUCAAAAAGAUCAGGCUCGAACAAAUCUCAAUCCCUCCAUCCCUCUUCACCACUCUCCACUUCCAAACCCUCGAAAAAAUCACCAUAGUCCUCUGCCGUGUAACCCUAGCUUUCAAUCCCUCAUCUUCCCGAAUUUCACAACCACUCCCAAACCUUAAAGAGAUCAACAUCGACUACUGCAAAGAUCUCGUCGAAUUACCCAUCGAAAUCUGCAAGCUCACUAACCUGAAGAAGCUGAGAAUCACGAACUGCCAUAACUUGGCCGCGCUUCCCGACGAGAUCGGGCGGCUGGAGAACCUCGAGGAGUUGACGCUGAGUUCUUGUAUAGGGUUAUCGGAGCUACCGGAGGCGAUUGGGUAUCUGGGGAAUUUGAGGAGCCUGGAUAUAUCGGAAUGUGCGGACGUCAGGAAGCUGCCGGAAGCCAUUGGGGAGCUGGGGAAGAAUCUGAAGAGGAUUCAGAUGAUGGGUUGUUCGAAGAACUUCUGGGUUCCCGAUUCGGUGCUGAAGCUGGAGAAUUUGGAGGAAGUUGGGUGCGAUGAAGAUACGGCGCCACUGUGGGAGCCUUUUGUUCAGGUGAUGAAGAGGUUGAAGGUUAAGGUCCGGAAGGAAGAGAUCAACUUAAAUUGGCUCCACGGUGGUCGCUUCUGAAAAUGUUUACUGUGAUUGGCUCAUUAAUCAAUCAUGUAUAUGGUGUUACAUAGCAAAACUAUUGUUUGAUGAUCCUCUGUAAAAUAUUUGUCAUCAAAUGUACAAACAUAAAUAACAUUUAAAAAAAUUCGAACUUCAAGAAGGCGCUAUAUGUAAGGUGAGAGUUGGGUUUUACUUAGCGUCUAAUUUAUCUAGGCAUCGAUUAACCUUACCUAAACGUUGAGCAAAAUAAUAGUG